AUGGAUGCUAUUAGGGAAAUGCGAAAAUACUCUAACUCUGACCAUGUGCAUUUAACGAGUGAAAUGAAGGGUAAUGUGAAAUUAUUUCGAGCACAGAGGAAUUUUUACAUUACUGGUUUCGCAAUAUUUCUUGCAUUUGUCAUAAGAAGGCUUGUGACUAUGAUUAUUAUACAGCACGAACUUGAGGUGAAGGCUCAAGAAAUCAUCAAAAAAGCUGAAGACACAGUUCAAAUGGCAAAAACUACAGUAUUAGCAAAUACUGUUCAAGAAUCUGAAGAUAUGGCUGAGUUGAAACAGAAAUUAGAAUUAAGUGAGAUAUUACUAGACGAACAAAAGAUAAGGAUAAAGGAACUUGAAGAUCAGGCUGCUAUGUGGCAGCAAAAGUAUAAAGAAAUAAGUAAAAGCACUGGUGGACAAGGAGAUGAUUAA